AUGAAUUCUCUACCAAAGAGAGAGGCGGAGAUUGACGUGAAGUAACCGCGAAAUUCCUGUGAUCGCUCGGCGAUUGUUUAAGAAACUUUGAUUGUUCUACGUGUUUGAUCCAAGACUUCUAGGGCAUGGAACAAGAACUGAUAAAACUUCUGGCAUCUAAAAUGGGAAUUAGUUCUGCGAAUGUUAUCACAAAAGCAGAAGAAUAUCAUCGGCUUUCGCAGGUCAGGUGUAUGGCGCUGUCUACCCACACAACAGCAACGAGUGACGCGGUGAUGUGCCUGGAACUGGCGGCGCUGCGAAUGAAGCAACCGGUGGACAAAGAUUAUGUGGUCAAACUGUCUGGAUUAAAUAAAAAGAUAUACCAGAAUCGCCUAAGGUCCCUGGAGAUGAUGCUGGGUUUGAAUUCCCAGACUGGAAUCCGAGACCUGGCAGUUCAGCAUGGCUGUAUGGAGGCAAUAAAUACGGCUGUGGAGAUCCUCCAGAGGUAUGAAUCAAGUCUGAGUGAAGCACAACAGAACGAUCUUGACCUGUCGAGGCCUCUCUUUACCACGGCGGCACUCUUCACGGCAUGCAAAUGUAUGAAAAUGAAAGCUGACAAGACAAAAUUAGUAGCAGCAUCUGGAGCAAAAAAAGGCAUCUUUGACCGACUCUGCACCCUGAUGGAAAAAUUUGGACAGCAGCGAUGCAGCGAGCUUGAAGAAGAGAAAAAAUCAGCAAAAACAAUAAGCAAGAGACAACAAACAUUUCCAGACAGUCCAUUGGACAGUGAAGGUGAAGGAAUAGCAGUCAAACAAAAGCAGCAGAAAACUGAAGUGCUGGGGUCCACCAAGCCAGACUAUGAGGAAUGGAAGCGAAAAAUACUUGCAAAUGCAGAGAAAGCCCGGAAGGCAGAUGUAUAGCACCUCAGAAAUGACUAAAGCUGUGACAGAGCUCCAUUAUGUGAUUAUGAAAACAGAAAAAUUUGUUUUAAGCCACAGCUUUUUAUAUUCUCAUACAUUGUGUGGUUUUUUUUUUUUU